AUGGUUGAUAGUGUUUGGAGUAGCGAGAAUGAAAUCCUUCGUCAUCCCAAUCAGAGAGCAUUAAAGCUGCGAUUUCCAUCAACGAAGAUUGGUGGUGGAACUCCAGUUUCAGUAUCAAAACAUUUUUUCUUUCAGAACGUUGCGAAAUUCUGCACUUUGUUAGGUCAAGAGAGGGCAGAUGAUGAAGUAUUAGAUAACGUUGCUUCAGAUGGUGAUGAUGCUUGUGACAAUGUACCAGAGGACUUCAAUGUUAAAGCUGUUGCUAGUCAUACUGAUGGUCGACCGCAAGCUAAACAUCCCACUGAAGACUUGGUUGAUUUUACACGGAUUCAUAUUAACAAGCUGCCAACGGUUGUGAUCAUAGGACGACCUAAUGUAGGGAAGUCAGCAUUGUUUAAUAGAUUGAUACGAAGGAGGGAGGCCCUUGUAUACAACACUCCUACUGACCAUGUUACCCGGGACAUACGAGAAGGUGUUGCAAAACUGGGCAAUUUAAGGUUUAAGGUGUUGGAUUCUGCUGGCUUAGAAGCAGGGGCUUCUUCUGGUUCUGUUCUUCGUAGAACAACAGAAAUGACUGGAAAUGUGCUGUCAAGAUCUCAACUUGCGCUCUUCUUAGUUGAUACAAGAGAAGGACUGCAGCCUAUGGAUUUGGAUGUUGGAAAGUGGUUGAGGAAGAAUGCACCUGGAAUGAAGACUAUUGUGGUGAUGAAUAAAGCUGAAUCGCUUGAUGACUAUGAUGGUUCUCUUGCAGCUGCUGUCGGUGAAUCUUAUACCUUAGGAUUUGGUGAUCCCAUUGCUUUAUCUGCUGAAACUGGAAUGGGCAUGGCUGAACUUCAUGAAACUCUUCGACCAUUACUUGAAGAAUAUGUGCUCCAAAACGUAAAUGGUAAGAAACUCAUGCCCCAGAGAGAAUUUUCGUGCUUG